AUGUUCGCCAAAAUCGCACUCGCCCUUUUCGCUCUUAGCAGCACUGCUCUGGCCUACUCCGACAACUGCGACGGUUCCAGCCGCUCCCCCAACCUAAGCGAAUGCUACGUCGGAAUCGCCAGAAUCGACGUGAACGCCUACUACAACGACCAGCAGGAGUUCUCGCAGGGCAGCUGCUUCAUCAAGUAUGCGACCAACGGCUCUGGUCAGCAAGCAGUGCGGGGUCAGGUUAUCAAGGAAAAGGCCGAGUAUAUCUUGGCUCACUGUGGAAAAUCUCAUGGUAGCUAUGGGACUGGUAACUGUGAUAAGUGCCACGUCACUGUCAACUACCGUAGCUAG